CCUGCCUUUGCGGAAGCCAGAGGAGCCGAGGCGGCGCUAAAUUAAAUUAGCAUACUAACUAGUUAGCAGUGCGCCGAUGUGGAUGGACGGAUGAACCGAGCCGCCUGAACAAACACACCGUCUCUACAGUCGACACAUCACCGGGACCGGGCUCAUUUAGUCGGGAUCAUCGUGCCGUCCGCCUGCCGAGGAGAUGGGGGACAAGGCGGGCACCAGAGUUUUCAAGAAGUCGAGCCCCAACUGUAAGGUGACAGUUUACCUGGGAAAGAGAGACUUUGUGGAUCACCUGGACCACGUGGACCCAGUGGAUGGAGUGAUCCUCGUCGACCCCGAGUACCUGAAGGACAGGAAAGUCUUCGUCACACUCACCUGUGCAUUUCGUUACGGCCGUGAGGACCUGGACGUCCUGGGUCUGUCCUUCAGGAAGGAUCUCUACAUCUCCACCUUCCAGGCUUUCCCUCCGGUGCCUGAGGAGAAGAAACCCAACAGUCGGCUGCAGGAGAGGCUGCUGAAGAAACUGGGCCAACAUGCACACCCCUUCUACUUCACUAUUCCUCAGAACCUUCCGUGUUCAGUCACUUUACAGCCCGGCCCAGAGGACACUGGGAAGGCCUGCGGUGUCGACUUUGAGAUCAGAGCUUUCUGUGCCAAGUCAAUAGAAGAGAAGAUUCACAAGAGGAACUCGGUGCGUCUGGUGAUCAGGAAGGUUCAGUAUGCUCCAGAGAAGCCUGGUCCUCAGCCGAUGGUGGAGACGACCCGAAGCUUCCUGAUGUCUGACAGAUCUCUACACCUGGAGGCGUCUCUGGACAAGGAGCUGUAUUACCACGGAGAGCCCAUCAGCGUCAACGUUCACGUCACCAACAACUCCACCAAGACCGUCAAGAGAGUCAAGAUCUCUGUGCGUCAGUAUGCAGACAUCUGUCUGUUCAGUACUGCCCAGUAUAAAUGUCCAGUGGCCCAGCUGGAGGCAGACGACCAGGUGUCGUCCAGCUCCACCUUCUGUAAGGUGUACACUCUCACCCCGACGCUCGACAAGAACAGAGAGAAGAGAGGACUCGCUCUGGACGGCAAGCUCAAACAUGAAGACACCAACCUGGCCUCCUCCACCAUUGUGAAGGACGUCACCAACAAGGAGGUCCUGGGGAUCCUGGUGUCCUACAGAGUCAAAGUCAAGCUGGUGGUCUCACGUGGAGGAGACGUGUCGGUGGAGCUGCCCUUCAUCUUAAUGCAUCCUAAACCUGUGGAGCCGCCGCUGUCCCGCCCACAGUCAGCUGUGCCAGAGAUGGACCCCCCCAUCGACACCAAUUUGAUAGAAUUUGACACAAACAGCAUCUCCCAGGACGACGACUUCGUUUUCGAGGACUUCGCCCGCCUGCGGCUCAAAGGCGUCGUGGAUGACAAAGAUGAGGACUGCUAGGAGCUCGCCAACCCUUCAUAUGCUCGCUUCGGAAACCACACACACACACACACACACACACUCACUCUCUUACACACACUCUUACACACUCCUACACUGUUCACGUUACAUUCCCCAGUGGAGGGGAUGGAUGAGGGCAUGUUCAGGACGGAGGGGGGGGGCUCGCUGGUGUUCUUCCUCUCUUGCUUCAGCCAUUUUUGUCAUGCCGCCGCCAUUUUUCGCCGCUGUCUUCUCCAUCUGUCUGUCUGUUUCUCUUUUUGCUGAUAAACUCUAAAUGUUGAGCAGCUGCAGGACAGAUGAGGCGGAGCGGAUCGAGUGAAGGAACGAUCCAUCAGCUGACGCAGAAGGAAAAAAAAAGACGUGUAGGAAGCUGCAGCGCUCGUUCCUGCUUUUACUUUGAAAUCUUUUUUUGAAUGUCGACCGUUUCCACGGCGACGAUCAUCGUCUUGUACAAACAGAAUAUAUAUUUGAAACAUAGAAAAAAAUGUACGAGCAGUUGAGAUCCGUGUCCCAUGGUGAUCGCCGCUUUUCUUCUUCGAGUAAAUUAUUCCUGUAGAUGCUUUUUACAUCAUGGCUGCAAGGGGAGGACACACACACACACACACACACACACACACACACACACUCUGCAGUCUUACACAGAUUUCACCAGCAUCCUCUCUCGUCACUCUGAACCCUGUUGUCCAUUUUGUCUCAUGUUCGUUCUGUCAGCUGCACUGUUUGUUUCUUCGGCUUUUAUUUUGAAAGAACCAUUCCAGCGUUGAUGGAGAGUUUCCUUUUUGUUUCGAACACUUUCUCAAGUUAACAAAUCAGUUUGUUUAUGUUCAAAGUUUUUUUCUUUCUGUCAUCAGAUUUCAUGACAACAAAAGCAAAACAACCUGUUAGUCCGUCCCUCAGUACUGUCUGACUUCCUGUCUGUGUCAUCGGUUCCUGUGGAAGACGGAAACCUUUAGAAACAAAACUAAUUCAAUUUAAAAUUGAAUUAAUUUAAAAUGACAAAAGUUUAUCCUACAGGACAGGAACAUUUGUCAUUUUGGGACUUUGGACUUUGUGUCAAAUUCUUAAAUUAACAAACAAUCACAUCAAAAGACAAAAAGCAACAAAAUGUUUCGUCAAAAACAAAAACGUAAAACCGUUCUUUCUUUAAACAUCUCGGCACCAUCACGUUUCAGUAAAUGUUUCUCAAAGAGCAGGAUUUGUUGGUUUAUAUAAAAUACGGAGUUUCAAGAAAUCAAAAUAUUCUGAGAAAAAAGUUGUGAAAUUUCAAGAAAAAGAAAUCUAAUUCAUGUGUUCCUUAGAAAUACCAAAAAUAAAAUUAUUUUACAAAGAAAUAAAGAAAUCCCACGAAAGACCAAACGUGUUUAAUUUUUAAAUAAAAGUUCAAUAAUUUUGAAAACAUGCAUCCAUCGACCUAAAGAAAAAUAUAGAUCUUGAAGACUCGACAGACUGAAGGGAAAAAUUAGAUUUCAAGAAAUAAAUUUAAAAUACUUUGAGAAAAAUAAGUUGAGAAAUUUCCAGGAAUAAAAAUGUAUUUGUUUCGUUAAUUCCAUAAAUACUCUGAAAAAAGUUGUAAUUCUACAAGAAAAAUAACAAAAAUAACUCCUGAACAUUGAAGACGAGAAGACCAACGUCUCAUUUUUUGAAAAGCAGUUCAGUUCAUGUCUGAAACUUUUUGUAUUCACUGAUUUAAAGAAAAAUAAAAUAAUAUGGAGUAUAAGAUUCACUGCAGGAAAAAAUUUGAUUUCAAGGAUUAAAUCAGUAAAAUUUUAGGGAAAAAGUCCUGAUGUUACAAGAAAAAGAUUCAAGAAAAUAAAAUCUGCUUUUUAAAAAAGUAUUUCAAGUUUUACAAGAAUAAAGUUGUGAUUUUACAACAAAAAAAACUCCUGCACAUCAACAACUGUCACAACAAUGUGUUUCAUCAAAAAAUAAAAAGAAGUUUAGUAACUUGUGAAAACAGAUUAUUUUAGGAGAAUAAAUAUCACAAAAAUAAAGUUGCAGUUUCACAAAAAAAUAAAUAUUUUCAAAUAUUUGUAGCACAGUUGGAGUUUGUUCCUGCUGACGAUGAACUCCUCAAAAAUAUAAAGUUUCACUUUUGAACAACAUCAGGUAUCACAGGUGUCUAAAGUAGUUUUGUCCCGAUCCAAAUAAGAUUAUAUAUAAAAUUAUUUUGUUUAAGGGAAAUUAAAAUGUUGUUGGUAUCACUACAGUGGAUGUGACAUUUGAAUAAUGUUAUUUUGAUAUUCCAGUCUCUGGGUUUCCACCUGUUGGAGCAAAAACAAGUAUCAGCAGCUUUUUCAAAGCGUAAAAUUGAAAAAUCAGAGAAAUUUUGACACCAUUUUGUCUAUAAACUUCAGAAAUGUGUGUUCGACACGGAGGAAGACGUUACAUCAGACUCAGGUCACAGACAUUGUUUAGAUCUGAUCAUUUAAUUUGUUGACAAUAAGAAAAAUCUAAAAUCUCAUCAGACUUUACGUUUUAUUUUUUCUUGGUGCAGCAAGUUGAAAAGAUUUUCUCAAAUCAGGUUUUUGAUGCGUCUCCUUCUGGUUUAGUUGAUAUCAGGGACGUUUAUCACGAUUUGUUCUUUAUUUCUUCACUAAUUUAAAUUUUCUUUUAAAAAUGACUCGUACUCAAUUUAUUAGAAAUGUUUGAAAGUUGUCGACCAGCAACAGGCUGCAAAACAGAGCCAAUUAAACAUUUAUUUUCACUCAGUUUUUCCAACGUUUAAAUGUCACUUCACUUUCAAAUAUUAAACAUUGAAACAUUUCAAACACCAAAUCGUCUCCUCUCCCGUAAAGAACGAGCACUCUGAUGACGCUGGAAUUGUUUUUUAAAACACGGCUCACACUUAAGACCCGAGUCAGACCUGAAGUCACUCGACUCCAAACAUGAGUUGAGUCUUGUCGUUCAGCAGACUAAAAUAUUUGACCUUCAUGUGGUGUAUGGAAGACCUGUUUGUGCCAAUGUGAUGAAAAAGAAAAAAAGAUCCUGUCACUGAGAAACUUUGACAAAAUGACUUGACUUCCUAAAGUAAUGAAUUAAUAUCUAAAGAUAAUGAAAUAAUAUUUCAAAAUGAUAAACUGUUUCAAAAUUACGUAAUAUCUCAAAAUAAUGAGAAACUUCCUCAAAAUAAGUUUUUUCCAAAUAAGAGUUUCUGAAAAAAAGAAACUUUCAAAAAAAAAAAAAAAAAUGACGUUCGUAUCUCAAAGUUUAUUAGUUUGAGUUACUGAGUUACUAUUUUGAGAAAGUUUCUUGUAAUUUCCAUAAAGUUUCUUAUUAUAAUGACCGACGGAAUCUUUUCAUCUUAUUUUAAUUUUCUUUUCUUUGAGGGGUGGAAAUGGUCUUCCAUAGCUUUCUGUUGAUUUGGUCUGUUCACACCUUACGACCAUUUUAAGUGGAAUUCUGAGGCUCAGAGUCGCUCUGAUUUCAGUUCUUAUGUUCUGAAGUGCUUUAAAAACCGCACUCUUACGGAGUAGUAACGUCUGUUUGUUUAUUCAGAAUAAAUCUGACCAAUCACAGCGGGCGGUUCACUGAGUCAGUGACUUGAUCCCACCUGAUUCAAAUGGUCACUGUCGGCUGUUAAAGGGAAAUACUGCUGUUUUCUUUUUGUUUAUUCUCAUCAUCUCUCAGCCAUUGAAUCGAAAAGCAUUUUUGAGUAAACUUUAGUUUGUUUUUGAAGGUCGAGACGUGUCCUGUAACGUAGAGACGGUAAAACUGUAAACUGCGUUGUGCCUUCUGGAUCUCACUGUUGCCAACAAGACGAUCUCUUCAUGAGGCCAGUUUAUUGUUUAUGUGAAUAUUGUGACUUAAAAACUUCAGUGGAAAGUUUUAAUGUUACGUGGUGGUAAACUGCAGGAAACUACUGUAAGUCGGAAAAAAGGCGGGAAAAAGUCAGUUAUCACGUUGACGUCAUUAUAAUUAUCAUCUGUCCAUAUAGGCCUACUGCAGCUGAACUGUAUCAGAGAUGAUUCACAGUUAUGUCUAAAAAAAAAAUAAAUAAAUAAAUAAAAUUUUAAAUAAA